CGCGUGGUACAUGCGAUAUAUCCAGAGCGGGACAAUCUUUUUCGUUCUAUAGCAGUUUCGAGCGAGGUCCUCAAAGAGAAUAAGAAGUAUUUCGGCGUACAAUGUACGCAAUGUGGGACAGAAAUGAAGAAACUUUUGAAAUGCGCAAAGUGUAAGAGCGUCUGGUAUUGCUCGAAGGAGUGUCAAAAGAAAAAUUGGUCCACCCAUAAGCCGACAUGCCACGCAGAUGAGCGCUCCUCUGGGCUCUACAAACUCGUACGAAUGUUCAGUGUAAAUCCAGUGCUCAUGGGGUAUCUCAAGUGUGGCAUCGUCUUUGAGUGCGGCCUACUUGACAAUCCCCGGAUCGGAUUUGACACGCCAUUCUUGGCGCGCGUUGAAAUCGCCAUCGAGCCAAGUGAUGUUGUUCAAUUUGUUGGAUUGUAUGUGAACGACCCGACUGUAGAGGAAAAGCUUGAAGGCAUGUUACAAGUCAAUAGUAUCACUCCAUGGCCGAGCCCAAGCAUGCAAGCUCCGCUUACACCAAAACGACUCAACACAUGGCGCUGGACUCGU